AUGUAUAGAUUUAGAUAUUUUCAUUUUUUUUUAUUUUUUGUUUUUUUCAUUUUCUCAAUAAAUGAAUCAAGGAGUUUCAGUUUUUUUCAUAAUUUCGAAAAUCUAAAUAAUCCAAUAUAUUUUAAAAAGAAACCAAAUAUGGUUUAUGAUUUGAUUGUUAUUGGUGGAGGAAGUGGAGGAAUGGCAGCAGCUAGAAGAGCAGCUAAGCAUAAAGCAAAAGUUGCUCUGGUAGAAAUGUCUCAUUUGGGUGGUACUUGCGUAAAUGUAGGGUGUGUUCCGAAAAAGAUAAUGUUCAAUGCAGCUUCUGUUCAUGAAAUUUUAGAAAACUCAAAACAUUAUGGUUUUGAUACAAAAUUUACUUUUAAUCUUUCACAGUUAGUAGAGAGAAGAGACAAAUAUAUACGAAGAUUGAAUAAUAUAUAUAGGAAUAAUUUGAAGAAUGAUAAUGUAGAAUUAUAUGAAGGAACAGCUAGUUUAAUAAAUGAAAAUAAAGUAUUAAUAAAAAUAAAAAAUUCAGGAAAUGAAACAAAUAAGGAAGAAAUCAUUGCAGGUAAAAAUAUAAUUAUAGCUGUUGGUAAUAAACCAGUAUUCCCACAUAUUAAAGGAAUAGAAAAUACAAUUUCAAGUGAUGAUUUUUUUAAAAUAAAGGAAGCUAAAAAAAUAGGUAUUGUAGGAAGUGGAUAUAUAGCAGUUGAAUUAAUAAAUGUUAUAAAGAGGUUAGAAAUAGAAUCAUUUAUAUUCGCUAGAGGAGAAAGACUUCUUAGAAAAUUUGAUGAAACUGUUAUUAGGGAAUUAGAGAAUGAUAUGAAAAAAAAUGAUAUAAAUAUUAUUACUGAUGCAGAUGUGGUAGAAAUAAAAAAAAUUAGUGAAAAAAAUUUAACAAUUCAUUUAAAGGAUGGAAGAACGUUUGAAAAUUUUGACCAUGUAAUUUAUUGUAUUGGUAGAUCACCAAAUACACAGAAUUUAAAUUUAGAGAAAUUAAAUAUUGAAAUGAAAAAUGAUUAUAUAAUUGUUGAUGAUAAUCAAAGAACUAAUGUAAAAAAUAUUUAUGCAGUUGGUGAUUGCUGUAUUGUAAAAGUAAAGGAAAACAAGGAAGAUGUUAAUAUGUUAGAACUCUAUAAUGAAGGACAAUAUUUAAAAGCAUCUGUUGAUAAUGAAGAAAGAUUUUUUAAUGUUCAGUUAACACCAGUUGCUAUUAAUGCAGGAAGGUUACUUGUAGAUAGAAUAUUUUUAAAUAGAACUAAAAAAACAAAUUAUAAACUUAUACCAACAGUUAUAUUCUCACAUCCACCUAUAGGAACAAUUGGUCUUUCAGAAAAGGAAGCAAUAAGUUUAUACGGAAAGGAAAAUGUUAAAGUUUAUGAGUCAAAAUUUACUAAUUUAUUUUUUUCUGUUUAUGAUAUGGAACCAGAACAAAAACAAAAAACUUAUAUUAAGUUAAUAUGCAUUGGGAAGAAAGAAAUAAUUAAAGGUUUACAUAUAAUAGGAUUGAAUGCAGAUGAAAUUAUUCAGGGUUUUGCAGUUGCUUUAAAAAUGAACGCAACAAAAAAAGAUUUUGAUGAAACUAUACCAAUACAUCCAACUGCAGCAGAGGAGUUUUUAACAUUACAACCAUGGAUGAAAUAA